UUAAUUAUACGUUUUUUAUACAUAUAUAUGCUUUGUACAUUCAUCUUCUCUUCUCUCUAAAUCUUUCCUAACCCUAAAGAUUUAAGCAUUUGUCAUGUCUCACAUAGCAGUAGAGAGAAAUAGGAGAAGGCAGAUGAAUGAACAUCUCAAGGUCCUUCGAUCCCUCACUCCUUGCUUCUACAUCAAGAGGGGAGAUCAAGCAUCAAUAAUUGCGGGGGUGGUGGAGUUCAUAAAAGAGUUGCAUCUAGUGCUUCAAUCUUUGGAGUCCAAGAAACAAAGGAAGAGCAUCAGUCCUAAACCUAAACCUAAACCUAACUCUAACCCUAGUCCGAGGUUAUCCCUAGUUCCUCAACUCGCACCAGCUCCUCGUGAUAUCAUUAAUCCAAUCAUUUUGUUUGGAUUAGUUCACGAGAGUAAUAAUAUUGGUAACAACGUGAAAGAGUUUGUUGCGUCUUGCAACUCACCCGUGGCUGAUGUUGAGGCUAAAAUCUCAGGCUCUAAUGUUAUUUUGAGAACAUUUUCAAGGCGAAAUCCUGGUCAGGUGGUUAAGAUUAUCAGUGUUCUGGAAAAGUUUUCUUUUGAGAUACUUAACUUGAACAUUAGUAGCAUGGAGGACACGGUUCUUUACUCCUUUGUUGCCAAGAUAAGGCUGGACUGCCGACUAAGCGUAGAAGAACUAGCUUUUGAAGUUCAGCAAAGCUUUUCAUCCGAUAUUUUGCAGCUUAAUUAAUUAAUUAUUAGAC